AAUCGCAACGAGUCUAGAGAGAAAGAAAAAAAAAAGAAAGACAGAAUAAGAUGUUGAAGCCCCAAGUAGUAGCUAAUCAGCAGGGUCGCCAAACCAGUCUCCUUCUCAACAAGCCAUUCAUCCAUGGAAAUGGCUCACUCCAAUCUCCAAUUUCCUUCAACUCAUCACUGUUAGUUCACUCCAAAAACAACAGUAGUGGCACUAAGAAAAACCUUCGUGUUGCCUUCUCUCGUGGCCACAUAAUAAAAGCUAGCUUACUUGACCGUUUGAGAUCAUCGAGAGAGAAAACAGCCACAAAAAAGGGUACAGUUAGUGUGGUCGUCCAACGUGAAACGGCUCCAAAAGUACUCUCAGAGAAAGCCCAGGAUUUAAGGGAUCGAACCAAUGACUUUCUUGGUGUGGCUAAUUUCAGUGUUGAGCUUAUUAGUGCUGAAAAAGAUCCUGAAACGGGAAAGCAACGAAAAAAGAAGUGUUUCCCAGAAUCGAAAACAGCCGGGAAAAAAGAUAAGGUGAUGAACUACGAAGCAAAGGUUGAUGUUCCCCUGGAUUUUGGUGAGGUGGGAGCUGUUGUAAUAGAGAACGAUUUUGAAAGAGAGAUAUAUGUCAAAACUAUUUCACUCAAAUACGAUGACCACUCUUCUGAUGAUAAGUCUGUUAACUUCUCGUGCGAAUCAUGGGUUCAAUCUAAGCGCGAUGUCCCUCACGAUCAACAGUUGAGGCUCUUCUUCUCAGAUAAGUCAUAUUUACCAUCGAAAACACCAAGUGGGCUAAGGGAUUUGAGAAAGGAAGAACUGAAAAGAUUGAGAGGAACUGGGAGAGAAGAGAGGAAGGAGUAUGAGAGAGUAUAUGACUAUGAUGUAUACAAUGAUCUUGGAGAUCCUGAUAAAAGUACUGACCUCCAAAGACCAGUGCUUGGUGGUCCACAGCACCCUUAUCCACGACGUGGCAGAACUGGUCGUCCCCCUGCCAAGAAUGACUUAUCAUCUGAGUCAAGGGGUAGUGAGGACAAGGACUUCUAUGUUCCUCGAGAUGAGACAUUUGCUGAAGUGAAAAGUAAUGAUUUUGGGUCGAGGAGAAUGGAGUUAGCGUUAAAAAACAUAAUUCCGUUCUUGGAAAACAACAUGUUCGACGAAAAGUUCCCAAAUUUCACUGAUAUAGACAAGAUGUUCAAAGAAGGCUAUGAGAUUACUGAUAAAUCUGUAUCAGGGGACAAGUCACUCAAACAAAUGCUCUUAUUACAUGUUGGAACUAAGCUAUACUCGUCUGUUUUGGUUGCUGAAAGUCUUGUUGAUAAUGUUAUCAAGUUUAAGCAACCACCCACUGCCGACAUGGACAAGUUCUUCUGGUUUAGAGAUGAAGAAUUUGCACGGCAAACUCUUGCUGGUCUCAACCCUUGCUGCCUUCAACUGGUUACGAAAUGGCCACUAAAGAGCGAACUUGACGAGGCUACUUACGGUCCACAAGAAUCAAAAAUCACCACAGAAAUCGUUGAGCAACAACUUAAAGCUUACGACUAUACUCUGCUCGAUGCAAGAAGAGAAAAGAAGUUGUACUUGUUAGAUUACCAUGAUGUGCUACUACCAUACGUGAGCAAAGUAAGAAAACUCAAAGGUCGAACACUAUAUGGAUCACGAACCUUAUUUUUCCUAACUCCAUAUGGGACACUAAUGCCUGUGGCCAUCGAGUUAACACGACCACCGAUGGAUGGUCAGCCACAAUGGAAGGAAGUCUACACACCAACGGCUAACUGGCAUUCUACUGAUAUUUGGCUUUGGAAGCUUGCAAAAGCUCAUGUCCUUGCCCAUGAUGCUGGUGUUCACCAGCUCGUCAGUCACUGGCUGAGAACACAUUGUGCAGUAGAACCUUAUGUUAUUGCAACAAAUAGGCAACUUAGUGCGAUGCACCCGAUCAACAGAUUGUUGCAGCCACAUUUGAGGUACACAAUGGAGAUUAAUGCACGUGCUCGAAAAACUCUGAUUAAUGCAGAUGGUGUCAUUGAAAGCACUUUCUCACCUGGAAAGUAUUGUAUCGAGCUUAGCUCUGUUAUCUAUGACAAACAAUGGCAAUUUGAUCUACAAGCCUUGCCUGCGGACCUUGUCCACAGAGGUAUGGCGGUUGAGGACGAGACUUGUGAGCAUGGUCUUAGACUAACCAUUGAAGACUACCCUUACGCCAACGAUGGUCUCCUGAUAUGGGACGCCAUUAAACAAUGGGUUACCGACUAUGUUAACCAUUACUAUGCCAACUCAAGCGAGGUGGAGAGGGAUGAAGAGCUACAAGAAUGGUGGAAGGAGAUCAGAACAGUCGGUCAUGCUGACAAGAAGGAGGGUUGGCCGGAGCUAAAGACGCGCGAAGACCUUAUAGACAUUGUGACAAACAUUGCGUGGAUCGCCUCUGGUCACCAUGCUGCUGUCAACUUCGGACAAUAUGCCUUUUCAGCCUAUUUUCCCAACCGACCAUCACUCACGAGAACCACCAUGCCUUCAGAAGAUAAGGAGUCAAGACCUGAUGUUUGGAAAGCCUUCAAGGAAAAUCCUGAAGACACAAUUCUCAAGUGCUUCCCUUCACAGCUUCAAGCAGCGAAGAAUAUGGCGACCCUUGACUUACUGUCCACUCAUGCUAGUGAUGAGGAGUAUCUCGGGCAUCAUGUCGAGUCUACAUGGAUGGAAGAUCCUAAUAUCUAUAGUGCAUUCAAGAGAUUCCAAGAAAGGAUCAAGAAAAUUGAAGACAUUAUUGAUGAGAGGAAUGAUGAUGAGAAUCUCAAGAACAGACAUGGAGCUGGGACUUUGCCUUAUGAGUUUCUCAAGCCCUUUUCAGAGGAGGGUGUCACUAACAAGGGUGUCCCUUACAGCAUUUCCAUUUAAAUAGUUACAUUAUGCCAUAUGCAUGUAUGAACAAUAAUUUUUAAAUAAUGGCUACCGGAUCUCUUUCAAAUUUAUAUGGUACUGUGCGUGCGAAAUGAGAUUCCUACAAUUAUUAUUAAUUGUAUGGAAAAUUAUAUAUUAAUAAAAGAAAAAUAUUUCAAAU